AUGUAUAGACAGACCAAGAGAAGAACAGCUGGUCGAAGAAACUUCGAGCAAUCGAGGGCCGCUGCAGUCUAUCAGUCUGCUAAAUUGACGCUGAUGUAUUCUUCUAGACUCUCGUUUUAUGAUAUACCUCCCUUGAACGAGAUUACAUUGGAACAAUUUGAAAUAUGGGCUAUAGAUCGACUCAAGAUCCUUAUCGAAAUUGAAUCGUGUAUUGCAAGGUCAAAAUCAAUUAAAGAAAUCGAAGCAGUUAUUAAACCUAUGCUUUUAAAGUACCUACCGUUAAGCCCAAAUUCGAAUCAAAACGAUACGUUGAUCGAGGAGGAGAGGAUUAAAGACCAUUACUCUCAUUACAUAUUGAGAUUGGUCUUUUGCCGUACUGAUGAUUUACGGAAAAAGUUCAUAAAAAAUGAAACUAUCCUUUUCAAGGUUAGAUAUCAUUUGUUGCAGCCAAAGGAACAACAGCAAUUUGUAAUGAUCAAUAGCGAUAAGUUGGUAUGGAACUAUAUCACGUCGGAGGAAAAAAACGAUUUAUUUGAAAACUUAUAUGCUGCAACUGGAACUACAAUCAAAAACACAUUGUUAAUUGAUUCAGCAGAUUCAAACUUCACUAUUUCAAAUGACCAAUUACGUCAACAUAUCAAAACUAAAGAAAAUUUUAUCAAAUUGCCUUUUGAAAAAGUUCCGAAUUUAGUUAGUUCGAGGCAAGUCUAUUUGAAAAAUGGAAUGGCUUACAUCCCGUCUUCAUUGCAACUAAGUUUACUUGCUCUAGAAUUUCAAGAGGGUCUUUCACAAAGUUUAUUGAGAACAUUACAAUCAUUACCUAGGUUGGAGGAAGAUGACAGACUUUUACCUUUAUUAAACAACUUGUCAAAUAACUUUUCGAAUAUCCAGUAUGAGUCAGCGUUUGGAACGGAUCCAUCAUUAGCCUCUGAUAUCAAUGCCAUUUCUAUAACUCAAUCUUCAAUUACAAAGCAUUAUCCAUUAUGUGGAUCGCAUUUGCAGAAGAAUUUAAUAUUAAAUUCACAUUUGAAAUAUCAAGGGAGGCAACAAUUGGGCUUAUUUUUAAAAGGAAUUGGUCUCAGUGUUGACGAAGCAUUGAAAUUUUGGGCAUACCAAUUCACAAAAGGUGCUGGUGCAAUGGGUAUAGAGAAAUUCAAUAAGGAAUACAAAUACAAUAUCAGACAUACGUAUGGGUUGGAAGGAGCUAGAAUCAAUUAUAAACCGUGGGAUUGUGCGACUAUUCUCUCUAAACCGAAACCAGGAAAAGGCGAAUAUCAUGGAUGCCCCUAUCGUGAUUUAUCCUUAGAUGCUUUGAUUAACAAUCUAGGUGAAAUGGGAAUUACUGAUCAACAGGAUAUUAAUGGAGUAAUAGAUGACGUCAGUAGGAAUGAUUACACGGUUGCGUGCACCAGAGUUUUUGAACUCACUCAUAAAAAUCAAUUAGAGAAGUUAAAAAGCAACAAAGGGUCUAAUGAAGGUAUGCAUAUCAAUCACCCAAACCUUUAUUUCGAUCGAUCAAGGCAAUUAGAGAAGCUGGAAGCCAAAGCAUCGGAUAAUUCUAGCAUUUCAACUAAAUAA